AUGGAUCAAAUAGAACAAGCUAUUAGUACUAUCAAAAAUGAGUAUAUCAAUGCGAGUUCAAUUGAAGAUAUUGUUGAGAUAUUGAAACGUACAAUUAUGAUACUUGAUGAUAUGAAUAAAAAUAAUAAAAUAACAGAGAAAGAACAAUUUGAUAUAAUGAUUCAAGAUAUUCUUAAUUUGACUAGUAAAAAGAAAAGUACAUUAUAUCUUGUUAAAAAUGUUGUAACGGAAAAACUAAGCAAAGAAAUUAAAAAACGCUAUGAUAUAACUGAAGAAGACAUUAAAACUAUGAAAGAACUAUACAACCACAAUGACUCAGACAAUAUAUUAUCUGUUGAAGAAAUUGCUAAACGAAUUAAUGAAAUGAGUCAAGAAGAUUUUGAAACAUUUAUUGAAUUAGAAAAAGGAAGAAUAAAUGAAAAAACUAUUUGUAAAGCUGUUCAAAAUGAGUUAAUUGAAUCAAAAGAACGAGCGGUCUACAUUAGAAUUGGGUUUCAACAAACAUUUACUUCACUUGAAGUAAAGAAAGUUGAAGGGUUAGUUUCAAAAAUUAAUAAAAAAGUAUCAACACAAAAUGUAUUGAAAGGAACAGGAAUUAAAAUGAGACUAUCAGCUGAGUUAAGAGACAUUGGGAUUUAUAGUCAUUUAGAACAAUUAAACAAAUGGACAAAAACAAAAGGAGCUGAUUUAAUAUUUGAUUCAACCUGUGAUAAAUAUGAAACAUUGAUGAACACUGUCAGUGGAAAGAAACGAUUAAUGUAUAUUGUUGAAACAAAUGAUAAUAAUGUUUUUGGUACAUUUAAUGGAAUGAGUCUGAAUAAUUAUGGAGACAAAAUUACAAAUGACACAAAACAUUUCAUGUUCUCUAUUAUUAAUCCAAGUAAAACAGAACCAUUAAUGUUUUCUAUGAAACUAAAAGUAAUAGACAGUUUAUGUAUUGAUUCCAAAGAUGGAAAAAUAAUUACAUCAUUAGGAUGUUGCACUCUUGUUGCAGAUACAGAUGAUGAUAAUCCUAAUGUAGCAGGAACAAUUGAUGGACAUUUUGGAGAAUACUAUAAAGAUAAAAAAGGGUAUGGAGCAAAAAUAUUUGAUGGGAAAGUAAAUCCACAAGUAUUUAAUGUGAAAAAAUUGUUGGUGCUUGAAAUGAAAUGA